AGGAGAACCACAAAGCCGUGGCACGUGUGCAUUUGUAUAGAGAACCAUCAGACCUUAAAAAGAGGAGGGCCCGGCGUGUGCCUCUCUUGGGGAGGGACCAAGCGCCCACAUUAACGUAAUAAACCGCAACUACAUCUGCUAAGCUAUCUGCACAUCCUCCAACGAAAUCCAUCAAACCCAAGCUUUGAACCCUCCCACUCCCACAUCCAAAUCCACUGGGAUCUUCGUUUCGUCUGAUUGGUUGAAGAUGCGGCAACAAGGGGCGAGAACAAUAGCAUUAUUCCGGCAUAAAAAGAGUGCAGCUAUGCCUUAGAGACGAAAACAUUUCAGCAACACAGAGAUCAAUAGUUUAGCGAAAAUAUAAAAUAGCAACCGAGGCUCCCGGUGUGACUGUAAUUCCACAAACCUGGAUAUCAUCCGAGACUUCGCCCACCUCUCCAAAGUGCUUUUCUGCCAUUCGCAAAGAUGCCCAAAGGAUUCCUGGUAAAAAGAAACAAGAAGUCAGCGCAUGUUUCCUAUAGGACUCGUACCGAUGAGUAUGAGCAGGAGCAUCACACCCCAAACGUUCAGAGUCAGGUGGACUCAUCUCCGCCUGUCUCUGUUGCGUCCUGUUUGGACCGUGCAGCCCCAUCGCCGGACAUCGCAGCAGACGCCCCGAUCACCAGGCUGGAUGCUGAAGCGGUUCAGUUUGGCAACCCCGAGGCGAUGUACCAAGCCCUCUACAGCCCCACCCGGCCCAUCAGCAAGGACCAUGAGAGAAUAUAUUACGGGAGAAGUUUCAAUCUCGGCUCGCCAAUAUCUGCCGAGUCAUUCCCGACAUCUUCCUCCAACAGCAGCUUUGAUAAUCUCCUGUUCGCCCCCGUGGAUUUGAAAAUAGGCACCAGCAACAGCAACCGCAGCGGCAUCACCAGCAGCAUCCCGGCUACAGUCAUCAGGGGCGGUACCAAGAGGCCCGCAUCCGACACUGAGCGCAAGAGCAAACCUGCAUCCAAGAAACCCAAAGCCAUCAGAAAACUGCAUUUUGAAGACGAAAUGACAACGUCUCCGGUACUUGGUCUUAAAAUCAAAGAGGCUCCUGUCGACUUUAAACCCAGAACGCAGACAUCGGCAGGCGGGAAGCCUUUAGGAGAGUUUGUCUGCCAAUUGUGUAAGGAAGCUUACGCGGACACAUUUUCUUUAGCCCAGCACAAGUGCUCUAGGAUCGUGAGAGUUGAGUACAGGUGUCCUGAGUGUGAUAAGAUGUUCAGCUGCCCGGCUAACCUCGCCUCUCACCGGCGCUGGCACAAACCGAGAGCGCAGAGCGCAGCAGGGAUACCAUCUACCCAGAGAAUCAAAUCUGAAAUGGCCAAAAUGCACCCCGCUGUCAAGACCAUCCCGGAGGAAGCCAAAGACUCAAGAGCCGAGCUAAUGAGUGACAGAGACACCCCAAGCCCAGGUGUGUCUGAAUCGGGCUCGGAAGAUGGUUUAUACGACUGCCAAUAUUGUGGGAAAAGAUUUAAGCGUCAAGCAUACCUAAGAAAACAUAUUCUGGGACACCAAGCCUUGCAGAAUAAAAUGUUCAAGGACCACGCGUUUCAAAACAGCGACAGAGUGGAAGAGCAGGUGCCAGUGUCCACCUCAUCUUCAGAGGAAAACCCAAACCAAAGUCCCCUGAAUCUGAGCCCCGUGGACUGCCUUCUCUGCCCCGUUUGCGGGGAAAAUUUCCCCAACAGGGCCAGCCAGGAGAGACACCUGCGUCUCAUGCACUGCUCCCAGGUGUAUCCCUGCAAGUAUUGCCCUGCCACUUUCUACAGCUCACCCGGACUCACGAGGCACAUCAACAAAUGCCAUCCGUCGGAAAAUAGGCAGGUGAUCCUGCUUCAAAUGCCCGUGCGCCCGGCUUGCUGAACACAAGAAAACGCGUGCCUUGGACCGGAGCGUUGAAAAAAGUUAUUUACCUAGAUUACUGAAAGACAGGGCAACUUGAUGUUUAGAUUUGUGUGUUUGAUGAGAGGUAUUCUAUCAAUGCCAAUCAGCUGGUUGUUGAAUGCUUAUCCAUUCCUUGAAUAUAAUAAUAGGCAUAUAUUUUGCGAUUUUUCUCAAAUUAGUUUAUCGAAAGAAAACAAAGCGUUAGUUUGACUGUUACAUGUAUUUUUCUAGGACAGCUGCAGAGGUGCUCAAGUAAUAGCUUCUAGACCUAAGAACUGUUUCAUUUGAUAUGGGUAUUUUCUCCCAUAAAAGCCUUUUAAUUCACCGACUGUGAAUUUCUGUAUAUCAUUAAACUUUAUGUUAACUUAUGAAUUACAGGACAGACUUAUCAACUUUGUCUUAAAAACCUAAAACUAUCGAAACCUUUCCCUUUCGUAGAACCACAAAUGCCUUUAGAAUAUAAGCACACCAAAACUCUGCUGUAUAACUGCCUUAAAAAACUCAACAUAAUAAUGGUUGUUUUCGUUUAGAAUGCGGGCACAUAUUUUAUUAUUAAUUGUUGCAAUAUUGUUUAAUCAUAAUAGUUGUAUUUAUGUAUUUAUUUAUUUAUUUAUUCCAUUUGCAAUUAUCUUAUGUAAUGUAUUGUUGUGUUGUGUGAUUAUUCUGUGGUUGUUCUGGCAGUUCACAUGUUGUAGCCAAAUGUUAUGUCAAAAUUUUGAGUUGUGAUAAUUGUCGUGGACCGGUCUAAAUCUUCAAUCUCCACAGCUCUUGUAAAACGUAAAGCUCUUACCUUAGAUGCAAUCUUUUUCUAUGAACAGGUUAUUUUCUUAAAUGUUGGCUUUUAUAGCGCUUUGAUUGUAUGUGUACACUGUUGUCUCCAAUUAUCCAUCGAAAUAAAAACGAUAUUUUCAAAAUGAAACCAUU